GAUUUCUCUACCGACGUUGCGAUUGGCUGGCAAACCCGUCCGUCAUUAUCAAAGCGGUCCAGAGUGGGUAAACACGGAAGCGAUUUCUCUACCGACGCUGUGAUUGGCUGGCAGACCUGUCCGUCAUUACCAAGCGAUGAUGGCGAGUUUGGCAAGCGUCGUAAGCAUGUUAGUACUGAAUGGGCUUUAGUGUUUGGACAAGUUUCCCCUCAACCGUCAUGAGAGCAGCACAGAUGACAAAAAAAAACACUUAUUAAUGGUCAACUUUGAGAAUACUCUGUCAAAUGUAGUCGCCUGAGAAUCCAGAGACUGGAAUAUUGCUUUGAAGGGGUUUUACACUGGAAACCACUUUUUUUUUUUUUUUUUUAAAGAUGAACACCUUGUCGUUUGACGAUUCUUCGUUGGAUAAUCUGCAUCCAACACUGCAGCUUCACGACCCCAGUGACAUCGACACGGCCCUCCUAAACGACAUCGAUGACAUGCUUCAGCUCCUUCACAACCAAGAAGGGGAAUAUGGACUCUUUGAUAACCCUCCAUACGCCGCACCGACCGCCAAUCUAAACCUUUCCUGCCUCCCUCAGUCCGUCUCGUCGCCCAGCCCCCUGCCCACCACUACGACCGCACCUUUACCCUCUUCAUCCUCCUCCAUUUUAAGCAGCAGCCCCCAUUUGGAUGCGCUCCUGGGCCCUCCCAUCACCCGCAGCUCAUCUACCCCGGACAAAACCUUUCAGCCCGUUACCUUUCGCCAGUCCCCCCUGUCUCCGGUGUCAAGCGCCAUACCACGGCAGCAACAGCAGGCCUCCCCGCCGCAAGCUCAGAGUCUCAGACAGCCUAAGGUGAAACCGUCCCAACCCAUUCCGGGUCAUUCUUCACCUCUCCAGGCACCGUCACCUCAUGGAUCACCGCCAACAAACCCUGUGUUCAGCGCCCAACUUUUUACUACCCCGGUACUCCAGCCUCAGCCUCCAAACCUGCCACAGACACUACUUCAGACCCAGACUCUGAACCAAGUCCAGAACAACUACAUUGCCUCCAACCCAGGCAUAGUGAGCCAGCCCCUUGCCGCCUUGCCCCCCUCGCCUCCUCACGUUCCGCCGGUGACCAUUCAGACUCCGCUGCAAGGGUUGCCCACCACCUCAACCUUGUUGACCACGUCGGGAAGCCCACCGACUCAGACCCUCACGCCUCAUGUGCAGCAGGUACCUGUGAUACUGCAGCCCCAGUUUAUCAAAGCUGAAUCUCUGGUGUUUACAACGCUGAAGCAUGACCCCUGCAUCGUCACUACCAUGGCCUCCCCUGCUCCUUUGGUCUCUACCACGACAGCUCACAGCACGCCACUGCAGGCUUUUGUGAGCGGGGGUACCUUCCUGACGACCCUGCCCGUCAUGGUGGAUCCUGACAAACUACCCAUCAACCGCAUCAUUACCAACGACAAGAACGCCACCCUCCCACCAAAGGGGGAAAAGCGCACCGCACACAACGCCAUCGAGAAGCGAUACCGCUCGUCCAUCAACGACAAAAUUCUGGAACUCAAAGACUUGGUGGCGGGCACUGAGGCUAAGCUCAAUAAGUCAGCAGUGCUGAGGAAAGCCAUCGACUACAUUCGCUACAUUCAGCAAUCCAACCAGAAGCUCAAACAAGAGAACAUAGCACUGAAAAUGGCAGCCCAGAAAAACAAGUCUCUCAAGGACCUGGUUGCCAUGGAGGUGGAUGGACCAGCUGACGUGAAGGCGGAGCUACCAACCCCACCGGCCUCUGAUGUGGGAUCCCCCACUUCCUUCUCACAUUGUGGCAGUGACUCCGAACCCGACAGUCCAAUGGCGGAGGACACUAAGCCGAACGCGGGUGUGUCGGACCGGUCGUCGACAGGUAGUGGCGCCAGUGGAAUGCUGGACCGCUCCCGCAUGGCGCUGUGUGCCUUCACCUUCCUCUUCCUGUCUCUCAAUCCCUUGGCGACCCUGCUCUGCUCGUCUGGGAGCAGCUCGGCCAGCAGUGCAGCGAGCGCACCCCAUCAUACAGGCAGGAGUGUUCUGGGCUUGGACAUUGCAGCUGACUCGUGGGGCUGGAUGGAUUGGAUGGUACCAACGAUACUGGUGUGGCUUUUGAACGGCAUUUUGGUGUCGGGCGUCCUGAUCCGACUGCUGGUUUACGGAGAGCCUGUAACCAGACCCCAUUCUGGAUCUUCCGUCUUGUUCUGGAGGCACCGCAAGCAGGCAGACCUGGACCUGGCCAGAGGGGAUUUUGCCCAGGCCAGUCAGAACCUUUGGACUUGCCUCAAAGCUCUUGGUCGUCCCUUGCCGACAUCCCAGAUGGAUUUGGCUUGUGCCGCGCUGUGGUCCCUCCUCCGCUUCUGCCUCCAGCGCCUCUGGGUGGGCCGCUGGCUGGCAACCCGGGCCGGGGGGCUGCGACCCGACCGUCCUCUGCAGGAGGACGCUUGCAAGAGCAGCAGGGACGCUGCCCUCGUUUACCACCGCCUUCACCAGCUGCACAUGACAGGUAAGCUGAACGGUAGCCACCUGUCAGCCGUGCACAUGGCUCUGAGCGCAGUCAACCUGGCAGAGUGCGCCGGAUCCUGUCUGCCUGUCGCCUCGCUGGCUGAGGUGUACGUCUCUGCAGCGCUCCGAGUCAAAGCCAGCCUGCCAAGGAUCCUGCACUUCACCUCCCGGGUUUUCCUGAGUAGUGCACGCCAGGCGUGUCUGUCAACCAGCGGCAGCGUGCCUCCAGCCAUGCAGUGGCUCUGUCAACCUCUCGGCCACCGCUUCUUCGUGGAUGGAGAUUGGGCCAUUCGCAGCGUCCCCAAAGAGAGCAUUUACAGCCAGGCGGGCAAUACAGUGGACCCUCUGGCUCAGGUGACGCAGGCUUUCAGAGAACACCUGCUGGAGAAGGCUCUUUACCGUGUGGCCCAGCCCAAAGGGGAGAAAAGCCCGAGCCAGAGCGAGGGGGAGUACGCUGAUGCUCUGGAGUAUCUGCAGCUGCUGAUUAGUGCCUCUGAUGCAGCUGGUGCCACAUCCCAAUCCUUUGCUAUUGGCUCCAACAUGGCGACUGUGACCGGCUGUGACCCCCACUCCAAAUGGUGGUCCUCUGUCACCGUGGUGAUCAUCAACUGGCUCCAAGGCGACGACACGGCUGCAGAGAGGCUGUAUCCGACUGUGGAGCACCUGCCGCGCACCUUGCAGAAUGUGGAGAGCCUCCUGCCCAAGGCCUGUCUCAACACCUUCCGAGCCGUGCGGGCUCUGUUGUCCAAGCCGGAGAACUGCCAGUUGAGUCUGAGUCACAGUGACAAGGCCAGCGCCCUACUCCGAGACAGUCUCAACCUGGGCCCGCACUCUCACAGCUGCAGUUUAGACAAGGUGGUCCAACUACUGCUCUGUGACCUGCUGUUGGUGAUGAGGACCAACGUGUGGCGUCUUCAGCAGCAGGGGCCCAACGCCGCCGGACUGGGAUCGGCGGGCCCCGGCACAGGCCCCAAUGGGGUCCACCAGGCCUCGCCGCCUGAGCUCCAAGGCUUUCAGCAAGAUCUCAGCUCGCUACGCAAGCUGGCUCAGAGCUUCAGGCCGGCCAUGCGAAGAUUGUUCCUUCACGAAGCCACAGCCAGGCUGAUGGCGGGUGCAAGCCCCACACGCACGCAUCAGCUCCUGGACCGCUCGCUGCGGCGCCGGGCCACACCCGGAGCCAAGACAGAGGAAAGCGAGACCCGUCCAGGCCAGCGGGAGCAGGCGGAGGCGGUGAUGCUGGCGUGCCGCUACCUUCCCCCGGCCUUCCUCUCGGCCCCCGGCCAGCGGGUGGGCAUGCUGGCCGACGCCGCCCGCACCUUGGAGAAGCUCGGGGACAAGAGGACCCUCCAGGACUGCCAGCAAAUGAUCAUUAAGCUGGGCAGCGGCACCACCGUCGCCAACAGCUAAAGGACGGCAGGCUCUCAUACCAAACUGACCACACUGUCUCUCGUAUCGUACCCCCUUAACCCCACAAAGAAGGCACUUGUCUAGGAGGAGCCCAUU